GAGAGGAGAAAAAAGCAUCUGUACUUUCCAAGAGCCGGAAGAAAUAUAACAUAACUAAGAAAACAUAACUAAAGGGAUGAGCCAGGAUAACCUAAGCUAACCGUAACUAGCAGAUUUAUCUAAGUCUGAACUGACUGACGUAACACUGAUCAGUAAUUCUAGAUUCAGAUAAAAUCACACAUUAUCCCACACAGAUGUGCGUGUCAAGGUGUCUGCAAUGCAUUGGUGUGUCCCUGGUUCCCAUGGCGAUCAUCUGCAUGUUGUCCAACGUUCUGCUGCUGCUUCCCGACUGGAAGAUCCACUUCCUGUUGGAGGGUCACGUGACCAGAGAGGCCACCUGGGCCACGGGUCUGUGGGGUUCUGGUUUCUUGGUUCUACUCGGAGCUCGAUCGUUUGUCCAGAGCAGCAGAACCCGAGGCUGCUGUGCUUUCAGGAGUCAGAUGUUUUGCCAGGUGCUUUACUCCCUCCUGGGGCUUCUGGCCUCCUGCACCUGCUCUUUGGUCAGUGCUACUGGUCUGUCUCAGGGUCCUCUCUGUCUCUACAAUUCAUCCUCUGGUCUUACCUGGGGGGUCCCUCUGCAGCCCCAACCUGACAGACACUCUGGGUACCUGUACAACCAAAGUCUGUGGUCAGGGGUCUGUGUGGAGCCUUGCUCCGUGGUUCAGUGGAACCUGGUCCUGUUUGGUGUGAUGGGGGCCACUAGCGCUCUUCAGGCCGUCAUCUGUGGCUUUAGUGUUUUGAACUCCCUGCUGGGGCUGAUCCUGGGUCAGGGCUUUUGCCACAACAAGGUUAGGACUCUCCUGUACCUGGGGGUGGGUAGUGUGUGUGUGGGUGUCAGAAUCUGAACAUGAGAAGCAAAGAAACUUUAACCCAACAGUAACAUCUCCUUAUUCCAAAGAGAAGUGUUCAGAUCGAAUAGUGAGAACCACGAGGCCCACUACCCUUAGACACCACCCGCCUCCGGAAGGUUGAUAGAGACUUUGCUGUCCUGUCGCACCUGUCCAGUUGUGAUGUUUUCUGAACCUACAGGAUGUUCGAUGUCCGGGAUGAACAUCACCUGUUUUGUGUUUCAGGUGAGACCAGUUUCCGUUUGAGACAACCUGCCUGGAUCUUCAUGAGAAACCAGCUGAGAAACUCCCAAAUAAAUUCAACGUUCUAAUUUAAAGCACUUUAAUCAGCCUCGUUACCUUGUAAAAUGUCAGACUGAUUUUUCUGGGUUUACCUCCUUUAAAGACGGGAAAGGUUUUUAGCUAGCUGGUAAUGUGUAUGAUAUUAUUAAUACAUAAUAUUAAUCUUUACAAAUAUUGUUUAUUUUCUUUUUUUUUGGGGGGGGGGCUGUGUUUGUUAAAUGUUAUAUGUGUGGUUAGAGCAACAAAUCAGUUGAUUCUGAUUGAAGAAGGUAGGGCAUCUCUUUCAUCACGUGUGAUUGUGUACUGUGAAUCUGCCGGCCACCACCAGGGGUCAGUAUUACUACCCCAAGGAUGGAGCCAUCCUCUUGCCCGGUUUGGCCCAAAAGCUGUAGAUGGGUCUGGUUUGGCCCACCCUCAGAAGAGAAAUGGGAGGGUGAACGUUCACUCAGACCAAGUCCGCCAAACUAGAACAAACCCUCCUGCCGGACUAGAAUCAAGCUCACUCAGGAAUCUUUUAAUUAUGUUUGUAAAAAUAAAAUUUUGUUUGACUUUUGACAAAAUGUUUAUCAAAUUUAUUUUAUUUCAUGUGGUUAACUUUAUUUUCAAUAUCUUAUCAUAUUUAAUAAAAACUCUCACAAGAAGUCUCCUGAUAAAUGAGUUGGAUUUACUGGUGAAGCUCAGUCAAGAUUCCAUAACACACUAAAUUGAGGAA